AUGGUGCAAGAUUCGGACACUACAAGCGAGGCGACGAGCGAUGAGAACGCCGCGAGGGCACAGAUGCGGUCCACGCUGGUUGCUGCCUUCAGCAAUCUCUCCACGGCCUACAACUUGGUGAACAUCAACCUGUCACAAGUGAUCAUCGAGGAGCAAUACUGCAGUGGUGACAACUGCAACGCUUCUGUAGCCACCACGAGCUCUGCGUGCCUGGCGGGCGCCAUCUUCGGCCAGCUCACCUUUGGGUACAUCGGGGACUGUCUUGGACGUGGCCCUGCGCUCCGCUUGACGAUGGUGCUGUCCAUUGCAGGGGCGCUGGUGUCAGCUUUUGCCGUUCCAUUCAGCCCCAACAAUCCCACCUCUGUGUUUGUGUUCCUGAGCGUGGCCCGUUUCAUCCUUGGCGCGGGCGUCGGCGGCGUGUACCCACUGGCCGCCACCGUGGCAGCGGAAGGAUCGGAUGCAGAGAGCCGCGGACGCUCCGUGGCUUUGGUGUUCUCCAUGCAGGGCGUCGGUCAGCUUCUCGUACCCAUCGUGGGCAUGGCCCUCGUCUACACUUUUGGCACUUAUGAUGACCGGGUGGGCAGCCACCAGCACAUGCCAGGGAUCACUUGGCGGCUAAUCCUCGGCCUGGGAGCGCUCCCAGGACUUUUGCUGAUGCCCUUCCAGUCGUCGAGCCGAUCCGAGCCGAGGUCGGUAGCGUCCCCCGAGGAUGCGACUGCGUCGUUCACACCCGGGCUUUGGCAGGCGCUCCGAAACCGUCGCUACUGGCGCAACAUCGUGGGCUGUGCUGGCGGCUGGUUCCUGUUCGACAUCACCUUCUACGGGAACACGCUGUUUUCUCCGACGGUUUUGCGCGACGUCUUCGAAGUCGAUGGGCCAGUCCCAGUCGUCGGCCCAACCUUGCAGAAAAAUCUCUGCUGGCAGAUGACCGUGCUGGCUCUGAUAGGCCUUCCCGGGUACUACAUGUCGGUCUGGCUCAUGGACCGAUGGGGCCGCAAGAACAUUCAGCUGCAAGGCUUCGCCUUCAUGGCCUUGUUAUACGGAAGCCUGGCAAUCUGGAUGGAAGAAAUGGAAGAGUAUCCUGUAACACUGUUGUUCGUGUACGGGCUCACGUACUUCUUCAGCAACUUCGGCCCCAACAGCACGACCUUCAUCUUGCCUUCGGAGUCCUUCCCCACUGAGGUGAGAUCCACUCUCAAUGGCUUUUGUGCCGCCAGUGGCAAACUGGGCGCUGUCGUCGGAUCCUCCAUGUUCAAGCCGAUCAUUGGGGCUAUGGGUACGUCUUUUGUGUUCUUGUGCUGCGCGGCCUGUGCUGCGAUUGGCAUCGUCAUUACCGUCUUUUGCGUGGACGACAGGCGGGGUCACGACGUGAUGGGCGACGGCGACGUUGCCCUCACAGACGCGCGCAUGGACCCCGGCAUCGAGGCGUGUGCAAGGCAAUAA